AUGUAUUGGCCAUGUACCGUGCCUCAAAUUUAUGCAAAUCAUGGGUCCAGUUCAGCUCACGAUGACACCGGUCUCGAUCACAAUGAUGCUGAGGGACUGAAUGGAAAAAGGGCCGAGUUCGAGGUCAAGGACUCGGAUUCGAACUCGAACGCGAACGCCAUCAUUGAUAUUCAGGCAGCAAAGAAUGACCAUGUCUUCGCCACGAUCACUACCUCGAGAUUGGACAUCUGGUCCAUGCGACCAGUGCUUCUGCUUGCAUCACUAUCAAGAUCUCCUAAAUCAUUGGAGACAUAUGGCGCGAAUCUCGCGCUCGCUCUCAAACCAGACGCGACUACGAUAGUAAUUCGUACGAGGGAGAGCUAUUUGAUCACCUACGCGAUCGAAAGUGAGCAGAAUGCUCGUGUUCUCCAGCAACAGUACGGUUACAGUCAAGCAAAGCGACAGAAUUUGAUGAGGAACUUUGGUGUGGAUGAAAGUGUAGGUGUCGCUGAAGUCUUACUAAGAUUUCGUCGGGCAUUCAAAAUUGAUGCCGGGAUCAACGCAGUUAUUGCACAAGAUUCAGAGUUGGUAGUAGCAACAAGAAAACCUGCUGCUAUCCAGUGUAUCAAAUGGGAGCCACAAAAGGACGGCUCCCAUGCCGUGACCCAAUUAGUGGCGAAAAUGGAUUGGUUGGGUCAAAAGACCGGCGUCUCGACCAUGGUCCACGAUCGGGCUAUGAACCUUUUCGUCUGGUUAUCACAAUGUGGGCAUGCAUAUGCAGUGCAGAGAGCAAAACCACAUAUAUCGAGAGCGCCAUCUUCAGAGGACUCCGUACCAUCGUCAAAGUCCUCAACAUCUCCUUCUCCAAGGCUAUUUGACGGCUAUUGCUUCCACAAACCCGAUGCGGGAGAGGCUAAACUUGUCAGCAUCAAUGCUCGAUUUUCUCUCAUAGCCAUCGCAACAACUGUGGGAGACAUUGUUUGCUAUUCUGCAAAGGAUUAUGUUGGCAAUAUUCCCUUGUCUCACCACUUCAAACAAUCCACAUCUCCGGCUUCACGAGGUGCAAUCGUGUGCCUCACGUGGUCUCCAGAUGGCUAUUGUCUGUUCGCUGGCUACGAACAUGGUUGGGCGACUUGGUCGGUGUUUGGCAAGGAAGGUGCCACUAGCUUCCAUGGCAAUCUAAGUCAUGCUCAAUCAAACAGCGAGAAUUGGCUACUCUCGCCCGAUCGAGCCACAUGGGUUAGUGGUGGGGCGGAAAUCCUCCUCACUUCCCGCGAAGAUAGUCGAAUAUGGAAGGUCGAAAUGUCACGGAGCGCGGCAAUGGCCUGCUUUUCAUGUGCUAAUCUUGUACGGGCCCUCCUACAGACCCCUUCUGAACUCACCGUGUACCGUGGUCAUGAACUUCCGGAUUUGACCUCGAUAUCGAACGAGGCGUCUUUGUGGCAUCACGCCCAAUACCCUACCGUGUAUCUGCACAACCAGUGGCCCAUCAAAACCUGUGUCGUCUCACAAGAUGGAAGAUACAUUGCAAUAGCCGGCAGACGGGGUUUAGCUCACUACAGCCUCCAAAGUGGACGCUGGAAGACAUUUUCAGAUGUUGCGAUUGAAGCAUCCUUCGCAGUUCGUGGUGGGAUGUGCUGGUUCAACCACAUCCUGGCUGUUGCAACUGAGAAUGCUGCGGGCUACGACCUCCGUCUCUAUUCUCGAGAGCUCGAUCUUGGCCGACAUCCACUCCAUACGGAAGCAUUCUCAAUGCCGAUUGUUUUCGUUGGCCCGUCAGGCGAAGACUCCCUGCUGGUCUACACAUAUGAGAAUAUUCUCUAUCAUUACAUCCUCAACAUUACGCCUCGCGGAGCACAGCUUGUCCAAGUUGGACAGAUCGCAUUUCAUGGGAUCGUACGUGCACCCAGUCGUGUUCGGUCGGUGAGCUGGGUCGUUCCUGAUGUUCAGCUUCGGAAUGGUGAUCCAUCUAGGGAUGUGGAGUUUGCCUCCGUCUUAUUCUUGGUAGAUGACAAGCUGGUCCUGUUGCAAUCAUCUCGUAACGACAAAGAUGAACUCAAGUACGACAUGCGAGUCAUUGCACAGCACGUUGAGUACUAUAUACUCAUGCGUGAUCAAAUCUACUACAACUUCACCGGUCCAGAAGAAUCUGCUCCCCCAACCCCUUCACCCGGAACGUCGUUCACCAUGAGGACUCACCAUCAUUAUUCUCUUCGAGACUCCCUAUGGGUCUUUAGUGGCGAUGACCUCAGACUGUGGCCCGAUGUGCGGGACCUAUUCCAGCAUGCAGCAGACGGGACUUUAAACUCCACCCCAGUACUAUCCAUGCCCGUCGAUUUUUAUCCACUGUCUAUUCUCUUGACCAAAGGCAUCGUUUUGGGCAUCGAGUCCGAGCUUGUGCAACGGCGGGACGUCAAUUAUGCUCAGUUCCGCUCGAGCAUCCGCACCCAGCUGUUCCUCCCCUACGUCCUCCGCCAUCAGCUGUGCGAAGCCAAUGAUACCGCCACGGCAUUUGGUCUCGCGAAUCAAUACAACCACCUCAGCUACUUCCCUCAUGCGCUGGAAAUCUUACUUCACCACGUCCUCGACGACGAAGUUGACCGGCUACGCGAUCUGAGGAAAAAACUAAAGAACGAAGAACUGGAAAACACUAAUUCUGGACUACCUGGCUCUACGGAAGAACCACUGCCAAGGCUAUCAUCAGACCAGAGCACAAACCCGGGACCAUUACCGGCCGUGCUAUCCUUCCUCCAGCUCGUUCUCUCACCGACAAACUACCUUUCGACCGUCGUACAAUGCAUCCGCAAAACCGAACUGAGUUCGUGGCGGACACUCUUCGCACACCUCCCUCCCGCAUUAACACUCUUCGAGGAAGCAUUGGCCCUCGAGGACCUCAAGACCGCGAGCGGCUAUCUCAUCGUCCUACAAGGACUGGAAGAAGAGGAAGAGGAAGAGGAAGAGCAACUAGACAAGGCCGCUGAACAACCCAACAAGCCUCGCGAUGACACCACCGCCAGCGAAACGACACGGCGCCACGACGCCCGCAUAUUCGAAGGCUACGUCAUUCGCCUGAUGAGGCUGGCGCGCCGUAAGAACGAUCUCGAGGCGCUGUCGGAACUCGCGCGUUUCUUGAUGGGUAUUGAUCCGCGGGGCGAGGCGUUGCGUAGAGUUGUCGUCGGAGUUGGGUUCCGAGAUGGCGAUGGCGGACAGGUGCAGAGACCCAAAUAUCUCGAGCCUUCGAGGAGCGUAUCAGGCUUGAUUGGUGGCGGAAGCGCGAGUGCUGGUGGUGCCUCGACAUUGAUGAUCCCUCCGACUAGGACCCGGCCGAAGCGUGGUGGUGGGAGUGGUGUCAGUAGUAGCCCUAGUGGCAGCGAAGGGAGAUUGAGUCCGUCCAGUGCUACCGGUGAUUAUUUCUCGAGUUCGCCUGGAGGAUAUUAA